AUCUCUUUUGCAAUCGACAGUUACGCCCGUAAGAGGUUUCCUAGGUGCAUGGCACUGUGAGUCACAGGGAAUUGGGCAGUCCCUCCGAUAAGCAAUGUUUUAGUGAUAUAUGAUGCUGAAGAUGUUGCACAUAUGCUUCCAUGCCUACACCGGCAGCGCUCUCCGCAACCCAUUUACCAGUGCCCAAGAAGACUGCUGUAAUCUUGGUUAGUUCGCCAUAAAACCCACCGAAACCAUGUCUUCAUCAACAUCAUCCACCCAACCAGCCACACAUAUCCUCUCCCUCACAAACUACACGACCCACCACCUUGUCUCCAUCAAUCUCAAACCCAUUACUUCACUACCUCCCUCCUCUCUCCGCCUCUGUACCAAAAUCCUCGGCCUAACAACAAAUAACCUCUCCUACGCACGUAUCGGCCACCUAAUGGGCUGGUACGACACAUAUCCGCUUCCUUCUACGACACCCCCUCCCUGCAACGACCCUACCAAAUACGGCCGCGUCGCUGCAUGGGGUUACGCCGAGAUCCUAGAAAGCACUGUCGAAGGCAUCGAGAAAGGAAUGAGCGUAUAUGGGUAUCUACCGAGCAGUACCGAGUGGGAAGAUGUGACCGUGGAAAGAGCUAAAGAUGUACGAGACGGGAGGGCGAUUCAGGAUCAAAUUGUCGUAGUUGAUGGGCAUAGACAGCAUUUGUGGAAGCUGUAUAACCGGUAUCGUGUUUGCGGUCCACUUCCACAACUCGCUGGCAAGAUUGAGGGGAAGGAUGAGCUGGGCUGGGUAGCGUUGAUGAUGGGCCCGUUUACUGUUGGCCACAAUCUUUGCUGCUAUGUGUUUCCUUGGCAGGGAGAGGAAGAGGACAUUCAAAAGAGGAGAAUAAAUCCCACCGGAAACGGGGAGUGGAGCGCUGAGGACGCUGAUCUGGGAGGUGCUACGGUCGUCUUGUUGAAUGCGAGUGGGAAAACAGCUUCUUGCUUUGCGUAUGCGCUCCGACACUGUCGAUCCGUUGGUUGUCAACCUGAUCGUAUCAUCGGAGUUGGUUCGAAAGCCUCUAUCGACGCGAUGAAGAAAACAGGGUGGUACGACAACGUUGUUGUCUACGACGACUUCGACAGCACGCUCAAACAGGUCAAGGAUUCCGGUACAAAACGUACUCUACUCUUCGACUUCGGCGCUCGCCCCGGAGCAAACGCAAAUUGGAGGUCUGCGCUAUCGUCAUUAACGCCCGAUAUUCCUUUCACACUGGUGACGGUCGGCGGUGAAGUCGCGCCUCAAGACCCAGGAAAAGCAGCGCAACGCCUCGCCGACAGAGCUUCGUUGAACAUAGUCAAUGCAAGUUUGUUGCAAGAAAAGGGCAUUGAUGUGGCUGGACAGCGAUACUUCAAGGAUCUGUAUGCCGCCUUUGAGGCAUUCUGGACACGGGCCAGAGACUUGGAAAUGCUAAAGUUGAAGUGGGGUGAGGGGCUGGACGGCUGGGAUCGAGGCUGGGAGUUGUUGUGUAGGGAUAAGGUUAGAGCUAACGUAGGUUUAGUAUAUAACAUCUAGAUAUUCUCCCUCUGUCAGCCGAAGGCUUGUUCAAAAGAAGGGCGUGAUGAAUCAUGGUUUGGGUGAUCGAGAGUUCGGACGCGAAUGCAUGCUGUAUGUCUAUAGACUACGUUGUUGGAGAGUUUGCGUGCUGUUGAAUUGGUACCAUUGUUUGUAAUGA